AUGACUGCCUCGGAUGGUGUAGCUACUUCGACUAUCUCCGCCAUGGUCGUUCUUCUCAUUUCAUUGUUGGCGGCUUCCUCUGCUUUUGGGGUUUCUGAUAAAUGCUCCACAUCUAAAGCCGAAGAUAACCCAAUCGUAACAUGCACAAAAUGUGGUGCAUUAAUGUGGAUUUCGGAAAGCACUGGUACAGACUCCAAAACCGGUGAACCAACAUUCACAAUUUGCUGUAAUCAUGGCCAAAUAAAGCUUCCUCCGAUCAAGCAACCUCCAGCCCUGUUAGAAGAACUUCUUCGGACUAGGUGGUUUCGAGAUACCAUCCGUGUCUAUAAUUCUAUACUGGCUUUCACCUCCAUUGGAAUGAAAAUGGAUUAUAGUGUGGUGCAUGCGCCCGGUCCUUACACUAUACAGAUCCAAGGUCAAACCCACCAUAGAAUAGGCUCGCUUAUACCGCGACAAGGCCAACCCCCAGAACAUCUCCAGCUUUACAUAUUUGAUACGGGCAACAAAAUCAGAAACCGUUUAAAUGCGAUGGGGCAAACCUCAACAGAAGGUAAUCUUGAUGAGACAACCUUAGAGCGCCUUAUCGAGAUGAUUGAUGAGAAUAAUUGUUUGGCUAAGAUUUUCCGACGGGCACGUGACUACUACGAAAGCAAUGGGACAGAGUUUAAUAUUAAGUUGCUCUCAGAUAAAGGGAAAGGAAAAGAAUACGAUCUUCCGAGUACAGGUGAGGUCGCCGGCCUUAUCGUAGGGGAUAUGUCAUCAACAAUUGGAGUACGAGAUAUAGUGGUCCAAUUCCAAUCUGACACUUUGCAGCAGAUAUGUGAUGAUCACCCACUAUACAUGAGCCUCCAAUAUCCUCUUCUGUUUCCAUAUGGUAAGUAUGGAUUUCACCCCGAGAUCCCAUUACAUCUUGAGACAGGCACCUCGAAAACAAGGCAAUUCCUAACCAUACGCCAAUACUACGCUGCUCAGAUACAAACGCGUCUCAACCAAGGGAUGACGUUGGUUAAAGGUGGUCGUCUCCUCCAUCAAUAUGUUGUGGACGUUUUUACAGCAAUCGAAGAAGAUCGGCUAAGGUGGGCGAGGAAUAAUCAAGAUAUUUUGAGAGCCGGACUCUACAGUAAUGUACUCGAUGCUGUUAGCAAGGGUAACACUGAUGCUAAAAUUAUUGGUCAAAGAUUCAUACUGCGGCCAAGUUUCACCGGUGGGCCCCGAUACUUAGUUGAAAAAUACCAUGAUGCGAUAGCUAUUUGCAGAGAAUAUGAGAAUCCAGAUUUGUUUAUCACAAUGACGGCCAAUCCUAACUGGAGAGAGAUCAAAGAGCAUCUUGAGAGAUAUGGUGGAAACUCUCCCAAUGAUAGACCAGACAUUGAAUGUCGAGUCUUCAAAAUGAAGUUAGAUCAGCUACUCAAGGAUUUUAAAGAAGGGACUUUUUUCAAGCCAUACACGGCAGCCCUCCACAGGAUAGAGUUUCAAAAAAGAGGGCUCCCUCAUGCACAUAUAUUAUUGUGGUUUGGAAACUCUUCAAGAACACUAAGUGCAGAGGAAGUAGAUGAAAUUAUUUCAGCCGAGCUCCCAAACAAAGAAGAAGACCCGGAAGCUUACAAUUUAGUGACAAAACACAUGAUCCAUGGUCCAUGUGGGGUCAUUAAUCGGAAGUCACCAUGUAUGGAGAAUAAUGUGUGCACAAAAAAGUAUCCUCGACCGUAUAAUGACAAUACUUCGAUUGACAUAUCAGGGUAUCUAUUAUAUCGUCGACGUCGGAAUGAAAAUAAGUUUGUGGUGAAGGAUGGUGCAAUCCUGAACAACACAUUUGUCGUACCUCAUAACGUUAAGCUCCUGAAGAAGUACGAAGCUCAUAUUAAUGUUGAAUGGUGUAAUCGUACAAGUGCAGUGAAGUACUUAUUCAAGUACAUAACAAAGGGUGUUGACAGAGCAUCUGUAGUUAUUGAAAAAGGGAAUGCGGCAACUACCUCUGACACAGUACCUUCUGGGGAACCAAAGGAAAGAGUAAUAAAGCAACGGAAUAAGAUCCAAGACUACAUUGAUGCUCGGUAUUUAUCAGCUUGUGAGUCUAUGUGGCGUAAUUUCGCAUUCCACAUACAUAAAAGAAAGCCAUCAGUUGAGAAGCUUAUUAUUCACUUAGAAGGUGAGCAUAAUAUCACAAUUAAAUCAAUUGAUAACCUCGGCCGUGUAAUCCACAAGCCAGGUAUUGAGAAGACGGUGUUCACUGAAUGGAUGGUCUUAUGCAGAAGGUCAGCGUUUGCACGUACGUUAACUUAUGUGCAAAUACCUGAAUAUUUCUUAUGGAACAACAGUACCAAAGUCUGGACGGAACGUAAAAAAGGAAAAACCAUUGGAAGAAUCGUGGCUGUCCAUCCAUCCGCAAGUGAGCGAUACUAUCUGAGGAUCCUCAUAAAUAAGAUUAAGGGUCCUAGAAGUUAUGACGAGCUGAAAACGUUUAACGAUGUGAAAUACCCUGACUUCAAAUCGGUUUGCCACGCACGAGGAUAUUUGGACAAUGAUGUUGAAUGGCACGAGAGUAUGUCAGAGGGUGCUAGAACGGCUUCUCCAUUCCAAAUCCGCGAUAUGUUUGUCACAUUCCUAAACAAUUGCUUCGUUGCCAGCCUUAAAAAGCUAUGGGAACACUCAUGGAAAUCAAUGAGCGAGAAUAUACUUCACAAGAGACAAAGGCUCUUAGGUCACACAAAUCUUGAACUGGAUGAAGAAACCCUUGAGCAAUACACGUUAAUCGAAGUGAAAAAGUUGAUGCACAUGCAUGACCGCUCAUUAAGUGUUAUUAAAGAGAUGCCAAAGAUCAAACCUGUUUUGCUAAAAGAAUUGGGGAACAGUUUGUGGAACCAAGAAAUGGAUUACGAUCGUGCGAUCUACGAAUCAGUCUUAGACUCUGUUGAUAGAAAGGAUGGCAAACUAUUCUUUGUAUAUGGCGCAUGGAGCACAGGAAAAACAUUCCUAUACAAAACCAUUAUAUCCAGACUUCGCUCAAGGAAACAAAUCGUUCUGCCGAUUGCUUCUUCAGGAAUAGCCGCAUUACUACUACCUAACGGGAGAACCGCUCAUUCUCGAUUUAAUAUUCCGUUGAAGCUCUCCGAAGAGAAGCUCUGCAACAUCAAACCAGGUACAAUGCUGGCUGAACUUAUUGAGAAAACGGACCUCAUAAUUUGGGAUGAGGCACCUAUGACACACAAGCAUGCUUUCGAAGCACUUGACAAAACUUUGAAGGACAUAAUGUCUAUGAAAAAUCCACCAGCAAAAGAUCAAAAUUUUGGCGGCAAGAUAGUUUUGUUAGGUGGUGAUUUUAGACAGAUCUUACCAGUAAUUUCACAAGGUAGUAGAGCAGAUAAUGUCUUAGCUUCGAUAAGUCAUUCAUAUCUAUGGAAUAGCUGCCACAAGUUCUCUUUAAAAACAAAUAUGCGAUUCAAACAGGACGAGAAAGAGUUCUCUGAGUGGCUUCUCAAAGUCGGGGAAGGUCGUCAAGAAUCAGUACAAGAAGAUGAGGAUAAUGGCUACCAUGAACAAAUGAUAAUCGUCGACAACUCAUUGGUCCAAGAGACUAAGGAUGAAUCAUUAAAACAAGUUGUCGAUGCUGCAUAUGGUGAUGUCAACAAAAUAAAGCCCUCCGAAGGUUCCUACACUGAUAAAGCUAUACUCACACCCCGAAAUGAUACCGUCGAUGAAAUCAAUGCAUAUACAAUCUCCAAAACCGACGGGGAGUCAAGAGACUACUACAGCUACGAUAGCUUCGAGGUUUCGGAUACUCAGUCUGACCAAAAUGAUACAUUAUACGCGAUUGAGUAUCUCAAUUCCAUGGAAUUUCCAGGAUUUCCUUCUCAUAAACUCACUCUCAAAGUUGGGGCCCCAAUUAUGUAUCUGCGAAACGUAAACAAAAAAAAAGGUUUAUGCAACGGUACCCGUUUAAUCUUAACCCACAUAGGCGAAAGAAUGCUUAAGGCAGACAUAAUCACUGGGUCACACAUUGGAGACGAAGUUUUAAUCCCAAGAAUUGUUCUCUUGCAUGAUGAAACAAAGCUGCCGUUCACUUUGCGUCGACGACAAUUCCCUAUCAGAUUGUGUUAUGCAAUGACAAUCAACAAAAGCCAAGGGCAAAGUUUAAAAGAGGUUAUCCUAUAUCUACCUAGACAUGUCUUCGCACAUGGUCAACUGUACGUGGCUCUCUCACGUGUGACGAGCAAAGCAGGAUUAAAAAUCAUCAAAAGCGGAGAUUCACACCCACGAAAGGUGAAGAACAUAGUCUACAAAUAUUCUAGCUAUCAACCGAAAGGAAUCAAAGUUAACGCUCCUUCCCUGAUGAUGGAUAUCUCAUUAUUUCCAAGUUCUCCAACUCAAAAAAUCCCAAGACAUCUACACGUCCUCUUCGUCGAAAAGUUCAACCAACUUAUUUAUGAUUUCCGCUUGUUUUAA